AUUUGGAAUUUUUGGCGUAUCCGGGACAGAAAACCGAGAGAUCGAGCCAAAUUGGUGUUUUCCGAAGACGACGGGGGCGAAGGGAGCGAGCCGUCCCGGCUUCCGGAACGUGUCACUCCGCGCCAUGGCCGAAACUCGCGGACGGCGUCGGACAGGUCGUGUGGGUGAAAACUAGGGUCCGUCGCCAUUAGGACCCGAAAUUUCUUGUGACUCGUCAUCCCGGGCCGACAAUCUUCACCCGGGACCUGUAAACCGUCAUCGACGCAGCUUUGGCGUCGUUUCCAGUCGGACCGAAGCACUCGAAAGCAGCGAACGAGCCGAUCGAACGGCCGCGUCUCUCCUCCAAGGUGACAGAUUCGCUCGGACGUUGGCCGUCGACGUACCCGAUGAAUAACGUCUCCCGUCGACCCAGACUCAACUUGACUCAGGCGCGACUCAAGCAGCGACAGUCUUUCGACAAGGCCCCGGAUUCGGGCGCCGGAAGCAGCGGAAGCCUUAGUCCCAAUCUGCAGCCCGCCACCCCGCCCGAUUUGGACGGCAAGGAGUCGUCCGUACCACGAAAAAUAGGCAAAUACUUGCUGCUCGAGCGACAGACCGGAAGCGGCCUCUUCAGAUGCUUGGACACGCAUUCCCGGGACGAACGCGUCUGCAAGGUGGUGAAGAACAAGAGAAACAGAGAGGCGCUGAUCGGUCACUUCCGCUUGGACGGCCAUCCGCUGAUUAACGGAGUGGAGGAGGUGCUGGUUGCCGAGUCAAACUCCUACAUCAUCUUCCCGCCCUCCUACGGAGACUUGCAUUCUUACGUCAGACAGAAGCGACGUCUUAGGGAACACGAGGCGUUGGGCCUCUUUCUGCAGAUCGCCUCGGCUGUGGCCGCCUGCCACCAGGCGGGCAUCGUCCUCAGGGACCUCAAAUUGCGAAAGUUCGUCUUCAAGAAUCCCGAAAGGACCGAACUGAAACUGGAGACGCUGGACGACGCGGUGGUGGUGGAAGACGACGACUGGCUCAACGACCGCCACGGCUGUCCCGCUUACGUCAGCCCCGAGAUCCUCAUCACCUCCGGCUACUACUCGGGCCGAGCGGCCGACUGCUGGAGCCUGGGCAUCAUGCUCUACGCCAUGUUGGUGGGACGCUACCCCUUCCACGACGCCGACCCGGGCGCCGUCCUGCUCAAGGUGCGACGCGGAAGUUUCAGCGUUCCCGACGGCCUCUCCUCGCACGCCCGCUGCCUGAUACGCAGCCUCCUGCGCAUGGAGCCGGCCGAGAGACUGACGGCCGAAGAGGUGCUCGACCACCCCUGGUUCAAAUCGGGCCGCCGCCGACACGGACACGCGGCCGAGUCGGGGCGCGGCGCGCCCCGAGGCGACGACGCCAAGGUGCCCGACCAGACGGUGCCCGAUCCCGCCCUGCAGGAAGAGACCUCCUCCUUCUUCGCGUGACCCCCGGGCUCCGGGCUCCGCCCGACCCGGCGCCCGACGCCCGACGGACCGCGGUUCCAACCCACUCGGGUCGAGAGUUAACGGCCUUUAUUGUCGAUUCUACACUAGUUGGCCUUGCCCAACUCGAUCUUCUGGAUGGCCCGCGACGAGUGGUAGAUGGCCGAGUCGAUCAUCCCCGCCACUGAAAGAAGAAGAAAAAAAAAAGACAAUGGACUACGUCACAGGCGACUCCGGACGUCGAACCGCCGGGCGCGCCGCUUACCGGUGAAGACUCCGCCCACGAUGGCGCAGACGCCGGUCAGGAAGUGCGGAAAGGACCUGAAAGAGAAAGAGAGGAGGAGGUGAGGGGCGGGGCGGGCUCCACCCCCGCGUCGGGCCCGCCCACUCACUUGCGCUUCUCCGAAUAUUUGACCAUCAUGGGCGAGAACUCGUAGACGACGAAGACGCCCGGCAGACUCUGAUCUCCGCCCGCCGAAGCGGCCCUCUUCCGAUGGCGGGUGACGGCGAACCUGUUGGUGUGCAGCGUCUGAAACGAAAAGACAAAUGAACGAAAACGGUCGGCGAACGGGAGAGUCGAGCCGCCUCCACUCACCUGUCCGUCGGAGCGAGAGUACAUCAUGGGCACGAUCUUGGCGUAGUACUGGAACAUGACGCCGCCUGAGAUAAACAAACAAAAAAAAAACAAUUAGGAGAGAACGAACGGGACGAAGAAGAAUACGAGGAAAGAACGCGCGCCCCCUUUUUUUUAAUUAUAAUGAACCGCGCCAUUGCGCGGUCUCCUCCCGACCUCGACGUUUUUAAGUUUAAACGAAUGCGAAAUUGUAGAGAAAAAAAAAACGGAAGAACAAAACGUUUUCGGCCGAAAGACGACGCGAAGUGUCCGCGUCUACGAAAAAGAAGAAAAAAAACGUUAUGGCCACCGUUUCCGGCGGAAACGGGACGCCCCACUUGUACCAAAAUGUCCAAUAAAAACAUUUGUAACGUAAAAAAAA